AUGCCGAUUUCCGAUUUCCGGCAUGAUUGGAUAGACUUUAUCGACCGGAACACCAAGCCCAAGAUGGAUGCCAUGUAUACAUGGGUGACAAUCCUCGGCGGUACGAAAUGCGGUCUGGCACUAGUAAUUAUCCGCCAGAUUAGCGGCCGCGUCGAACGAUGGUGGCUCGUCUUUCCUGUUCUUGCGAUAGUCGCAUCGAUUAUAGAGUUUUUAUUUCAUUUUUUCCCCGAUGGCCGAAGGGAGAUCAAACCCUGGUUAUUCUGGUCGAUGCGUUUGAUCGACUGUUCUUCGCUGGGCGGUGCUGUCGCUUUACUAAUCCUGGAACACUACGUUGGCCAUGGCACGUAUAUGAGCCUGAUUGCGUCCUUUCUAGCUCUUACUGCGCUGGAAUUUACUGUACAUACUUUUUGGGCGAUGUGGUUUGAGCGCGCUUCUUGGUUGCGAGCUUAUGCCCCCAUAUGCAUGGCCAGCGCCCCACUUUCCUCGCAUGGGCAGCUUCUCUCAGCCAGCACCGGUCCGCUUGCUCAACUUUAUGGGCUUACUCAAGGCCCACAGCAAUCUACAAGAGUAAUGCCCACCCAAACCGAUAGCGGAGAGGGAAUUGGGCUACCUGCAGAUGAUGUAAGUACCGAAGUCUUCUUGGAUUUCCCCGUCCCUGUCGCUCGCGAUACCUAA